AUGGAUAGUGAGCAAAAUGCAACAUUAAUAACCCUAGGUGGUCACAUUGAGUUGCGUAAAUACAGAUUUCUUUAUUUCUUUAUCUUGCUGGUUAUUUAUGUUUUAAUACUCUGCAGUAAUUCAACUAUCAUUUGCCUAAUUUGGAUUCACAAAAACUUACAUGAACCUAUGUACAUAUUUAUAGCAGCUUUGUUAGGAAACUCCAUUCUUUACAGCACAAGUCUGUACCCAAAACUUUUGGUUGACUUUUUAUCAGAGGAACAGAUCACCACUUAUUCAUUCUGUUUGCUUCAGUGUUUCUCUUAUUACUUUUUAAAUGGAUCUGAAUUCCUGCUGUUGACAGCCAUGGCUUAUGACAGGUAUGUGUCCAUUAAUAAACCUCUGCAGUAUGCAGCAAUCAUGGGGAAAAAAACAAUGGCCCUUUUUUUGAGCUUUGCCUGGCUUGCACCUGCCUGUCAGAUUGCAGUACCUGUGGCUUUAGGUUCAAAGACAAAACUCUGCAACUUUGUUUUAAAGGGAAUCUUCUGCAACAACUCUAUUUAUAAACUCCACUGUGUGAGUUCUGCAGCGCUGUCUGUGUAUGGCGUGAUCUCCUUAAUAAACCUCACAGUGAUCCCAGUUUUAUUCAUACUCUUCACAUACAUCAGGAUAUUUAUUUUAACAUACAAAAGUUGUGGGAAGAUCCGGAAAAAAGUUGCACAGACCUGCUUGCCUCAUCUGAUAAUUUUGCUGAAUUUUACUUUUAUGUUUACUUACGAUGUAACUAUAGUCAAACUGGAAGCUGAUUUGUCGAAUUCUGUGCGUUUGACUCUGACCUUACAGGUUAUUAUAUGCCACCCCCUCUUAAAUCCAAUUAUAUACGGAUUAAAGAUGAAAGAAAUUUCGAAAUACUUGAAGAGGCUCUUCUAUCGUGAGAAUGUGACUUAA